CUUUGACUGGGGGGGGGGGGGGGGGGACCAUUAACAUGUAACAUCGCACUCCAGAAUGCAGCAGGAAUGUACAUGGGUAUUUAAAACUUUCAUUCCUGGGAUCGAUGGUAGAAUCCUUUCUGCAAUUGUUCUGGCUUGAAACAGCAUCUCUCGCCUUCUUAGCAAAAAGGCGAAAGACAUCUGGAGACUAUUACGAGUUAUAAAACUCCUUUUUCCUGCCGCCGCAGAGUGAAAAAAACCAAAACAAUAGAGACGUCUGACCUCAUGCCACGUCGUUAGGGAUUCAACAGUUAUAAAAUAAAUUUAUCAAAAAUAAAACUAACGGCAGAGCCGCAGCGUGUGUCUUGUGCUUAUGAUCUGUCAGGACGCGUGCAUCCUGCUGCCAGUGAGUCCCAGCGGUCCGGUUGUCGUCUUCCUGCUCAUUCAGGGUUAAAUUCUCACAGACACUUGACUUCCUCUCACUCCAACACCCCUGGCAAAACCCUCCUCGCUUUUUCUUUUUUUUCCUCCCUCAAGUGAAUGUUAUAAAUAGUGCUGUGUGUUCCGUUGACUGGCCAUCCUCCUCUCAAAGUGAAUGUGUCUCUGCACUGCCCACCUUACACUCACCUUUUCACUCCCUCUCUCGACUCACACACACACACACACACACACACACACACACACUUUCGCUCCGAACGUUUCUCGUUCCAUUCCUACGGUUCCUCUCCGCUUCUCUCGCAGGAUUCCCCGCUUGUUGCCGUUCUGCUGAACAGCUGGAGGACGGUCGAAGCGGCGUGAGGUCCAGGAGUCUGCCAGGAUGCGCUGUGUGAGCUGGUUGCUGUUGGGGACCUGCCUCCUGGUCCUGGGCCCCGCCGUGCAGGGAGCCCCGGGCCAGUGCCCGAGCCUCUGCCACUGCCACGGUGACCUGCAGCACGUCAUCUGCGACGGCGUCGGGCUGAAGAAGAUCCCCCAGGUGUCGGACGCCACCCGCCUGCUGAACCUGCAGAGGAACAACCUGGGCCACAUACCCACCGGGGCGUUCACCGAGAGCAAGGGGCUCAUCUCGCUGCACAUGCAGCACUGCCAGCUGCGCGAGAUCGGCUCGCACGCCUUCAAGGGGCUGAAGAAGCUCAUCUACCUCUACCUGUCCAACAACGAGAUCAGCAGCGUCAAGCCCGGCGCCUUCGAGGACCUCACCGAGCUCACCUACCUCUACCUAGACGGGAACCAGAUCGGCGACCUGGCCAAGGGCAUCUUCUCCCCCAUGGUCAACCUCUUCAUUCUGCAGCUCAACGACAACAAGCUGCGCGAGCUGCGGCCGGGGACGUUCGCCGGUGCCAAGGACCUGCGCUGGCUGCACAUGAGCGGCAACGAGCUGACCGCCCUGCAGCCGGGCUCGCUGGACGACGUGGAGAACCUCGCCAUACUCCACCUGGACAGGAACAGGAUGUCCACCUAUCCCGGCGCGGCGAUGAGCAAACUGCGCGUGGUGGAGGAGCUGGCGCUGGGGGGGAACCCCAUGAGGAGCGUCCCGGACAACGCCUUCCAGAGCUUUGGACGCUACAUGGAGAAACUGCACCUGGGCAACAUGAGUCUGGAGAAGUUCUCUGACGGCGCGUUCACCGGAGUGACGGCGAUCAAGUCGCUGCACCUGGACAACAACAGGCUCAGGUCUCUUCCCAAGAGCUUCGAGUUCGGCUCCAUCGCCAACCUCACGCUCGCCAACAACCCCUGGAGCUGCACCUGCCAGCUGGCCCCACUGCGCAGGUGGAUGGACUCGAGCCGCAAUCGUCCGGACGCAGUUUGUGCGUCUCCGCCAGCGCAGAGAGGCAAGCAGGUCAGAGACAGCACCGCCUUCGGCGGCUGCAGGGUGAAGGCGAAGAGGACCAGAAAGGGCACGCGUCACUGAACACGCUGCUGUUACAGGGAAAGACGCUGCGAAGCAGCAGCACCAGCAAGAGCAACGCCAACUCAUUCUACUUCCUGAACGUCUUCCCGUCUAUUCAUCUGUCAAAUGUUCUCACUAGUGUAAACACACACAAACACAUUCAUAGCUACACAUUCUGUCUGUCUGCCACAUGCUCUCUCUCACACACACACACACACACACACACACACACACACACACACAAACACACACACACAC